UUCACUUGUGUUGCUUGCGAACGGAAGUUGUCUGUUUGGUGGGUCAUUCUUGUUGCGGUUUUGUUUUUACUUAUUGUGUUAUUUGUUCUCAUCUUGCUGAUUGUUAUUUUAACAAAAAUCAUAUUCAACAAAUAUCAUUCACAUGAAAUUGUAAAGACAACAACACUCUUUGCAAUGAAUAAAUCCAACAUCAAUUUUGUUUUUCUCCAAGGCGGUGUUUGUGUUUCUUCAAAUUUAAUAGACUUAAAUUCGGACAUCGAACAGAUUGAAGUCAAUGUAGAGACUCGGCAAUUACUAUGUGUUGGAAACACAAACAAAAACGCCAUCAAAACACAAUUUACAAUAUCAUCUAACAUCACAAAGUUUACAAUUCGUGUUGAUCCAGAGGUUUUUACACUUAAAAGUGGCUAUGCGUGUGAGUUUUCUAUAUAUGUCAAGCCAUUGUGUUCUUGCAAAAUUAACAGCACAAUUCAUUUGGUUUCCAAAAAUUUAAAAACAAAUGAAGAAAAAUACAACGAAAUUUUGCUUGUUGGUGUGACACAACAGACUACUCGAAUUGAUUACGAUGAAUUAAUUGAAGAUGAGAAACUUGGCGAAGGAUCCUUUGGUAUUGUCUACAAAGGAAAUUAUAGAGGAAAUGUUGUUGCAAUCAAAAAGAUGAAAACUGCUGUUGACAAUGAUGAUUCGAUGGAUGAAUUUGACAAUGAAGUGACAAUGCUUGAUAAGUUUAGGUGUGAGUAUAUUGUUCAUUUUUAUGGCGCAGUGUUUAUACCAAGCAAGGUGUGUAUGGUAACAGAAUUUGCACAAUAUGGAAGUUUACAAGACUUAAUGAAACACAAAACAAGUGAUGAAAUUAAUAUCAAAUUGCGAGUCAAAUAUAUGAUAGAUGCAGCAAAAGGUGUUUCAUAUCUACACGAAAACGGGAUCUUACACAGAGACAUCAAACCAGACAACAUUUUAAUAUUUUCAAUUGAUAUAAACGAAAAAACGAAUGCAAAAUUGACUGAUUUUGGGUCAUCAAGAAAUAUCAAUAUGAUGAUGACUAAUAUGACAUUCACUAAAGGAAUCGGAACACCAAAGUAUAUGGCGCCUGAAGUUUUGAACAAAGAAUAUUACAAAAAAGGCGCAGAUAUCUAUUCAUUUGGUGUGACGUUAUUUGAAUGUGUCACAUGGAAAAACCCAUAUCCUAAAGAACAGUUUAAGUUUGCAUGGGAUAUCGUCGACUUUGUUGUGAGUGGAAAACGCCUGAAAAAGCCGGCUAAUUUGAAUGACAACAUAUACAACAUUGUUAAUGAUAUGUGGUGUCAAGACGUUCGCAAACGAAUAGAAAUGAAUAAUGUUGUGUCAAAACUUGAAUGUAUAAAUGCAUUUUAA